AUCCCUCCCAAAUCACACCACUCCCUCCCCCAAACCCUAGGCUGUCUAAUGCCGCACACCACGCCAGACCACCUCAUCUGCGACGCUGCAUCAUCUCUCCGAACAACCUCUUCAGCGUCGUCGGACCACCAGGCAUCCAUGGAAUCCAUUCGGGACUCUCUUGCUGAGGAGUUGGUUAAAAUGACUGGAGAGUGUGAAAAGUUACGGUCAGAAGUGUCUCAGCUGCCUGGCAUGAAGGCAGAGAUGGAAGCGUUAAGACUUAGACACGCGGCUGCACUCGAUUCAAUGAACGUGUCGGUAUAA